GCCCCAUAUACUGAGGGAGGAGAACACAGUCUGAAGGAGGUGUUGUGGAAGGAGCAAGGGACUUGGGCCGAUCAUUUUCUUUACUGUGGAUUUGAGAGAAAGGUUAGAGGCCCAGGCGAAGCGCCUGUUGCCAGGCAACCUGCAGACGCAGGCCUGAAUUGGCUGGAGCCUUUGCUGGGAAAUGUACCUGUUUCAGAUUGGCCUGUAUGAACCGGCCUCAAGAGGGUUGUUGGUGGAAUCACCCCAGUUUAUAGCUUUCCCAGUACUCCCACUUUGGGCCAGGGUUUUUCCCACCUUAGGGAACCAAGUCUGGAUGGCUGUCCCCUGUGUCCCAGAUAGGAAGAGCCUGGAGCAUUCCUUCUAGUACUUGUCAAGUACUAUGGCCUAAAGGUAUACUGCACAAUCUAUAAAAGAACUCGAAUGGAUUUAGAGGUUAAAAGAGUUGCCGCUUCUAGGAGUCAAACUCAGACAUUCCCUGGAAGAAAGAAGCCACUACAACACGGAUGGAGUUCCAAAUCAUCGGCAAUCCAGAAUCCUCCUUCCUUUCCUGUGGUCCCACGACUUGAUUUGGGAAGCCUUGUUGGCUCUGAUGAAGAGGAGCAGGACAUUAUACCUGAAGAUUUGCCAGCAACAACAGGAAAUUAUAAACAAAAAUAUCAGCAGUACAAAGUUGAUACAGAAGAGGGAUAUAAAGAGUAUAGUCAGAGGAAUGCAGAAAAGACAAAAUCAAAUACCACACAUCAACCGUCUCCAAGAAACAAGAUAGAGGACAAGUGUGCACAAGGGGAAGGAGUGUUCACAGGUGACCUUACCACUCCGGAUCGGAAGGCCCUCUUACAGCAGCGAUACGCAGACAGCCCUUACUGCGCGCAGCAGCGGGGGAGAAAAUCUGACGCCGAGAUUGUGGCUGCUGAGAAGAAGAAACAGACCGUUGAGGAGCAAGUGAUGAGAGACCACCUGUCCAGGGCUGUAAUCAGUGAUCCAGAACAAAAUUUAUCCACUGAGAAACAAGAAAGUGCUUUUAUCCUUCCAGAUUCAAACAUAGCACCUCUUCGACUUAGGAAAAGAAUGCUACAUGAAACAAAGGUAAGAACGCAUUCUACAUUAACCGAAAACGUGCUUUCUCAUAAAGUUCAAUUUGAUGGUAGGAUCAUAUCAAGAAAUGGACGUGAUGCUUGCAGAGAGCUGGUUGGGUUCUUUUUUAUUCAUGACCAGUCCCUUACAAUUUAUGAAUAUCGGCAAUUUGGAAAAAAUAGAACAAAUGUGCUUCCUUUUAUUCAAAAAAACAUUUAUAGUCAUCAGCGUGGGCGAAGAAAAGGAAAACAAUACCAACUUGGUGAUUUUUAUACUGGUGCAAACUUGACAUUUUUAAGUUCUGAUCAUCACACAGUUCCAGAAAGCAUAAAAGAAAGCACAUUACUUAUACUUCGAAUCACAAAUAUUGAUCAGAUAGCUUUCGAUUCAUUCAGGACAGAUUCUGUGGAACAUGAGGAUGAUACAACCAGUCAAGAAGCCAAUGAUAGGCUGGUCUUUAAAGCCAUUCAAGAUGAGCUAAAAAAACAGCUACGUAAGAAAGGUGUUCGUAUUUUGACUGGUUUGGGAAAAUACUUUCAACAAUUGGACAAAGAAGGAAAUGGACUUUUAGAUAAAUCAGAUUUUAAGCAAGCUCUAAAAGCAUUUCACUUACAAGUGUCUGAAAAGGAUUUUGAGUCUUUGUGGCUGAUUCUGAAUGACAGUGGCAAUGGCAGGGUUGAUUACGGAGAAUUCAAACGUGCCACUAUUGGUGAAAUGAAUGAAUACAGGAAAUCGUUUGUUCGAAAGGCCUUUAUGAAACUGGAUUUCAACAAAACUGGAAGUGUGCCUAUUAUGGACAUAAGAAAAUGUUACUGUGCAAAGAAGCAUCCUGAAGUGAUUUCAGGUCAUUCCACAGAGGAAGAAAUCAAAUUAUCUUUUCUAGAAACACUAAAAGGCACCUGCAGCGAGUCUGAUGAAGUGUCAUAUGGGGAAUUUGAAGAUUACUACGAAGGUCUGAGUAUAGGAGUGGUAGAGGAUGAGGACUUUGUUACUAUCUUACGUGCUCCAUGGGGGAUUUAAUUUUUUAAAAUUAGCCCUAAGCAUUUUAAAGGAGAGAUGAAUUUAAUGCAAAGUAUGAUCAACCAUUAGAAUAUAUUUGUCUAGAGCUCUACUCUGUUUUUUUUCCCCCUCAAAAAAGUUGAGUCUGGAAAGAGAAAUAUUCGGAAAGGAGUAUAUAGGGGUAUGUAUAUAUUUAUGUGCAAGUAUGAGUACUUGCCUGUCUAUAAGUUUGAAAUUAUCUUUAUUUUUUAUUUACUUACUUUGAAUAUAUUUCAGAGCUAUUUUUAUUAACUUUCAUAGGAAAGUAACAUUUGUAUCAGAUUAUAUGAAAUCAUUUAUUGUAGUAACCAAGUUUCUUUCCAUUUUUUUCUAUUCAUUUCCCAAAAUAAAAUUGCUACCAUUCUCAAUUUGAUAAAUUGGAAUUGGGCUCAAGGCUUUUAAGAUUGAAUUAGUUCAACUUGUUGAAAACAUGAAAAUGUUAACGGAACUAAGGGACAUGCAAGAGAAAAUUUCAGUGCAGGGUGAUUACGGAUGUUUUCUGUCACAUAAAUAUUUUGAAUGAUGGAGGCCUACCCCUAAAAUGCAUAUUUAAACACAGACUUGUGAAUCCUUGCCUUCUAAAUUAUGUGCUGUUGUUUGUUCAAUAGAACACAAUGUAAUUAUUCUAGGGAUCAGUUCUAUUUGUCUUUCUAUUUUGUUUUUUAACCGUGAUCCUUAUAACCUGCACAGAAUUAUUUAGUGAGAAAAAAUACAAAAUAAGAGAUGGGAUGGUUUUUUAGAUUAUUAAAUAAGCAUCUCAAAAAGUACAUUAUCACAUACAUGUACUGAGGGAUAAUUUAGUAAUUCUCAAUGAAAAUAUAAAAAGAUAUUUUGUGCCUUAAGAUGAAUGUAAGUUAUUCUAAACACCCUUUUUUUUGGCAUAGAAACAACUGAAACAUUUUUUUCUGAAUAGAUCUUAUUUAAUGGUUAGACAUAUUAUAAUCAAUUUUCUAAAUUUUUUUGUUUCUCACUUCUCUUUGGAAAUAUAAAGAAGAAGAGAAUUUUAUAAAGUUGUUUCUGAGUUCAUAAUUUUUUUUAAAAUCUUGAUAUGUCAAUAUAAAUUAGAAAAAAUAAUAUUGAACAAAAUAAGUGGUUAAAAAGUAAAAAUACUUUGUUGAAAAUGACCUUUGGCAGAUACUUUUAUUCAUCUAUACCAUUGGCAAUCUUAUAAAAAAUGUGAUGUGUGUGAACUAAAUAAAUUCAAAGUAGUACCUUUUCAAUAUUUGAGGAGGUACCAAAACUCACUACUGAAAUAUCAGAAAGAAAAUAUGUAUAAUUAUUUUAGUGCUGUUUUCAGUAGAUAAAUUCUUUAUUCUUUGGAUUUUUUUUUCAAUUAGGUUACUGUGAUUAAGACAAUGUGCCGGAAGACAUUUUGGCAGAUGUGUCUUUACCGCUUUCUCUGCAUCAUUCUUUUACUUGGAAACACAUGAGUGUAGUCAUCCUAAGCCUAUGGAUGGCUUUCCUAUUGAAAUGACUAGUAAUGCUGUGGGUGCUCACUAUGCUUGUAGUAUUUUCAUUGAUAAAGUGGUAUUUAGUGCUCCUUAACAUCUCUAUUUUUGAUAUUGUUAUGUCAUAUUUUCCUGUGAAUAUAAUCAGAAAACAUAUAAAAAAAGGGGGAUGAUUCUUCUAGGAUUUAACAUAUUAAUAUGAUCGCAUACUUUUAAAUAAACUUCUACACUCUUAGUAUAAAUAUUCAUAUGUGGUUAGCUAUAGGAAGUUUCUCUAUUUAAAAGAUGUAACUUUAGUAGUUAAUUUCUUAUCUUACACAGUUAUUUCUGUGUAAAGUUAGAAAAUACAUAUUCAAUGUUAUUUAGUGUAUUUUGUUAAAUUAGAAUUGGUGGCACAAUAAAUCAUUCUGCUUUUGCCUCACUG